GGCGCUGGGGCGGGCCGGGCCGGGCCGCGCAGCGCGGCUAAGGAAACCGUGGGAAGAGGAGGAGGUGGGAGCCGCGGCGGCAGCAGCAAUCGCUGCGAGAGCAAAAGAACAGCGAUCGCAAUCGAACCGGGACAGAAAGGCGGUGGGCCGCGGGAGGGCACUCGCUCGGGGGAGCCCCCAGCGUGCCGGGACCCGGUGACUUUCUCAGCGAAGACGCACUAGAAGCAGGAGCCGAUCAGGACCGCCAAAGAGUUUCCUGGCGAAGGCGAGGCAAGUGGGGGCCUCCCAGCACUUCAGUGAGUUCUCUCCGCCAAACUUUUCUGCCUCCCCCCUCCUCCCUCGCGGGAAAGUGUUCCGCUCUGCUCCCCCUCUCGCCACCGCCGCUGCCCUAACCUCAGCUACCCUCCGCAGGCAGGACCAGGACUUAUACACUUCGCGCCCCCUCGGGGGAAGCCUGCAGGAGGUGGGGGCGUGCCCAGACCCCCGAUUUAACUAGUGUAGUGAGUGGGGGGGGGAGAGGCCCAGAGGCUCCCCCCCCAUCGUCCCCGCCCCCACUUCUCGCCCUUGACCCCAGCCUGCCCGCCCCGUCGGGGGUGACAUCCUCCUCCCCGCCGCCCUUGAGCUGUCAGGGCGCGGGGGGCGGGCCGGGGCAGGGCCUUCCUGAGAUGGCCUCGGAGCUGGCGAUGGGCGGCGAGCUGCCCAGCAGUCCCCUGGCCAUCGAAUACGUGAACGACUUCGACCUGAUGAAGUUCGAAGUAAAGAAGGAGCCCCCCGAAGCGGAGCGCUUCUGCCACCGCCUUCCCCCAGGCUCACUCUCCUCCACGCCACUCAGCACCCCUUGCUCCUCGGUCCCUUCUUCGCCCAGCUUCUGUGCCCCAAGCCCAGGCACCGGCGGCGGCGGCGGCGGCGGAGGAGGAGGAGCACCCACAGGGGGGCCCCCGGGGCCGCCGAGCGGGGGCCCCACAACGGUCGGGGCUGUGACUGGCAAGCCCCAGCUAGAGGACCUGUACUGGAUGAGCGGCUACCAGCAUCACCUCAACCCCGAGGCGCUCAACCUGACCCCGGAGGACGCGGUGGAGGCGCUCAUCGGCAGUGGCCACCACGGCGGCCACCACUCGGCCUCAGCCUACGAGACCUUCCGGGCUCAGGGUUUUCCGGGUGGCGGCGGGGGCGCCGGGGAAGAGCUGGGGCCGGGCCAUCACCACAGUGGCCACCACGCAGCUCACCAUCAUCACCAUCACCCGGGCCACCACCACCACCACGGCGCGGGCCACAGCCACGGCCACCACGUGCGUCUGGAGGAGCGCUUCUCCGACGACCAGCUGGUGUCCAUGUCUGUGCGCGAGCUGAAUCGACAGCUGCGGGGCUUCAGCAAGGAGGAGGUGAUCCGCCUGAAACAGAAGCGGCGGACCCUGAAGAACCGUGGCUACGCGCAGUCCUGCCGCUACAAGCGGGUGCAGCAGCGGCACAUCCUGGAGAGCGAGAAGUGCCAGCUGCAGAGCCAGGUGGAGCAGCUGAAGCUGGAGGUGGGCCGGCUGGCCAAAGAGCGGGACCUGUACCGGGAGAAAUACGAGAAGCUGGCGGGCCGAGGAGGCCCUGGGGCAGGGGCCGGAGCCGGGGGCCCCGGGGCAGCGGCCGGGGGAGCUGGCAGCGGCAACGCAGGCUUCCCCAGAGAGCCCUCCCCUCCCCAGGCCGCCCCCGGGGCAGCCAAAGGGGCAGCCGAUUAUUUCCUGUGAGCUUUGCCCCUUGUCCGGGCCGCCGCGGCUGGGGCUCGGGGUAGGCCUCGGGGAGUGAGCCGAAGAGGGGCCGAAGCGCGGAUUCGGCCCCUCUCCUCUUUAACCAGCGCUCUCCUUGCCCUCCUUCGGCCUCUGUCAAGGCGUUGCCGGCUCUGCCUGAGAAUCGGGGCCCUGAGCCCCGGCCCGGCCCAAAGGCGCUGUGAACUUUGUAAAUUUCCAGAAGUUACCUAGGAAGGGGAUUUCCUUGGGGAGGUGGGGUAGAAUGGCGACAGCCCCCUAACUCUGGGGACUACUUCACACUCCGGAGUCUUAACCUAGGGCUGGACUGGGAGAGAUCGGGGGCGGCGGAGGUAAUGAGGGAAGAAGCAGUCCUGCGAAGGUCGCCUCCGCUAAACUUUUCUUAAGACUUUGUAAAGCACUAGCCCCAGCGGCCCUCCUGGAGGCUCUGAACUGCUGCUCCCUUGUCACCUUCCACCCCGCCGGGCCUCCCUGCAUGCGGGCCAUGUAUGGACUCGGGGGGCUCCUUGCUCGGGCCUGAGGCGCGUUUCCCUCUCCAGCACUUUGGCGUCUUUAGGGUUUGCAUCCUUUUAAUUCUGUCCCAAUCUCCCGAACCCAACUCUGCGCACAGAAAAGUCUUAAAGGGACGGGCCAGGGCACAGGUUCUGGAGACCUGAGCGUCCCCAGGCUUCUCGUCCCGGGCGGUUAACUGCAGUCUCCAACGCCAGGACCGGCGGGCACCCUGCUUAGCUGCCCCAGGAGAGUGCCCCGCUUCCCUCGAGUCCGGUCCAGGAUUCCCUCCUGGUUCGGAGCUGAAAGUAUGGGUGGAAGGGGACUUUGCCUGCUUGGACUCUGUUCCCUCCGGUCCCUUCGGCUAAGAUGGUGCUGACCACGGGGAUAAUGUUCGUUAUUAUUGCUACUACUAUCAUUAUUAUUAUUAUUAAUCUUAUUGCUAUGACGAUGGAGAAUGGUUAUUUUAAACAGGAAACUUGAGCCAGAUUUAACUUAUUUAAAGGAGGCCACUUGUACAUAUGUAGAAUUUAGGUUUGGAGGGCUCAGCUCUCGUCCUUUGCUCUUGCUCUUUCUCCGGCUGUUUCUCUCCGUCUGCCUCUGUCUCUCUCUGUCCCUGAUCUCUCUGCCUCUGUCUCUGUUUUUGUCUCUAUCUCUAUCUCUCUUUCUUUCCCUCUCUUUCUUCCCCUUGUUUAUCUUAGUGUCUGCUUUUUAAACCUCUCUUUCUCCGCCUGUCCUUUUUUCUUCUACUUAUUUUUUCUCUGUUCCUUCGUCUCUGUUCCCUCCUAAUUAAAUUCAAUUUUGCUCUCUC